AUGGGAGACCAUAUGAUAAACCAGAAAUUGGGAGGAGAAAAUUCACGUGUUGGCAACGCACUUGAGAGAAGUGGGACCCACAAGUACUGUGCAGCAUUUGUGUGUGGUCUUAAAGCAACCAUAGUAGGAAUCUUUGUCCGUUAAAAAGAAAAACUCUUUUCUUUUCUUUUCUUUAGUUUAUGUAGUACUUUGUUAAUCCGUAUCUUAAACUAUGUGGAGUCUUUAAGCGUAUGUCUAUCAACAUAUAAAUAAAUAUUUAUUUGGUGUCCUGAAAGCCUUCGAAUUUUAUACCUUGUCAAUUUUAUAAUCAAACACAAAAAGUAGACACAGCUUUUGCAAAGCAUGUGUUCAGCUUGUUGAUAAUUUGUAAAACAGUUAAUUUGUAUCAUAAUUAAUCCUACAUUAUUUAUUAUCUUGCUAAUUAUCCAGAUGAACAAUCAACCUUGUUCAAUUUUUUUAAAAAUAUAUAUAUAUAUACAUAGUUUCUGUAUUUUACAGAACAUUUUGGACCAUUGUUCGGACAUAUACAUAGUGAUGCACCUAUAAUUGAAACUAAUAGUACACUAAUAAAUACAGAGUUUGGCAAACUAACAUAGACUAAAUGGUACAAUAUCAGAUUUGUUUAAAAGAUACUCCCUCUCUUUCUUAAAGAUCUAUUUUUUAGAAGAAAAAAAAUAUUUUAAAAAGAUACAUUUUUUACAUUUUCAAUACCUUAAUUAAUGUUGUACUUUCAAAAAUACAAUUGUGUUUAAUAAAAUCUCAUUGCUUAAAAGUUAUUGGAAAUAUUUAAUUAAGAAAAACAAUGUAUUGGAAAAUACAAUUUUAAAUGUUUCUUAAGUGUGAAAAAUCUAUAACAUAAAUCUUUUAGGAACAUAAGGAAUAAAAUAUAAAAAACAAUGUAUAAAAACCUACAUUGGAAACGUCAAGCGAAGUCUCUGUUGUCAGUGAAGAAUAUAGGCAUUGAUGAGUUCAUCAGGUAUUAGAAGGAAAGUCUCGACAUCCGGAAAAACGCGGUGAAUCUCACUUUCUCGUGGUUCAUGUCAACGGUUGAGAACGAUAUUCAAGUUUUGGAAAAUUAAGAUCUGAAUUAACGGAAUGUAUCAGAUUAGUUUUGGAAAAUUAAGAUCAAAAUUAACAGAAUGUAUCGGAUUAGUUGGUCGAACGAAGCUAGUUAGAAAAUUUGUGAUUUGAGUUGUUUUGUUCGAGUCGUGUCUAUAAUCCAAACUCUUUUCCGUUUUGGGACGAUUAAUAUAAAUAUAUAUUUUUUUAAAUGUAUAAAAACUCGAUGUUUUUUUACAACAAACGACUAUUCUAUUACUAAGUCUGAGGUGAUUUGAGUAACCAGACCGGAAUAGUAUAACCAAUAAAACAAAAAAGAUCUAUGAAAAGAACGGGCAUUCCUAACCAGCGAAUCAGUAAUUUUAUUUUGCGUUCUUGGGAAGUAGUUGAUUUUGAAGUCAAAAAAAUACAUUUGGAAAAUUUAAAUGACCUCUAGUUCAAUCGAGAAGUUUGACUAGAAGCUUGCGGGAUACAAAGAUAAUUCAGGCUCUGAAUAGUGACUGCGGGUUGAGCGGUACGGAACAAACGGUUUAACUGCAGUGCGGUUCUAACAGUUAUAAAAAUGUAUAGAUAUAAAGUAUAUAUAGAGAUUUUUGUUAGUGUUAACUGCGGGGUGGGGCGGGAAGCGGGUUACCAUUCCAAACCUGAAUUUUGUUAUAGUUGAUCCGAACGGAUAUAACAACUAUCGAGAUGUGUGUAGUUAAUUAGUAUUUAGUACAUACUCACACACGUGAAUGUUCCCUUUCUUGUCAAUUACUGAUACUAAUAGCUAAAGUAAAUCUGUAUGGCCAAACAACUUUUUUUUAUUUUUGUUUCUAUAUUCUUGAUGACGGAUGCUGCGAAUUGGAAAAAUAGGGUUGAUGGAAAACGAGGAAAAUGUGCUCUAUUUUUCGUGCUGGCUUUCUAGUUAAGAAAUCUUGUUUGGUAUCAAUAAAUAUUUUAUACGGUAUUCGAAAUAUUAAGACAUGGCUUGAGUAUUUUCCUAUGCUGUGUUAAGAGUAGGAGAGUUAUCAUAUGAUAUUACACUGUAGAACCCCAUUAGCAAAAAGAAAAGGAAUCAUUCUUUAGCACUGCUAAUGUGUCAUCACCAACCCAUGACAAGAUGUUUUGGGGUUACCUUUGUACAGUUAAUUAAAAAUUAGAGUGGGCGUUAAUUACAUAGUAAAAGGGAGGGAGCAUAUAAUAUUCUAAUGCUGGACUGUGUUUUGUUUUACAUUUUAAAAAUAAUGUGAAGUGAUCACACGUGGGGCCUACACGUGUCGUCAGAUUAAGGAGCAUUAAUUCAAGAAAUGGGUCAUAUAUCUUCAUGCUUCCAUUCUUCUAAUCUUUUCCCAUUUUUGAACCCUAACCUACAGACCAACCCCUACUUCCCUGCUUAAUAAUUAAUACUCCAAUUAGUUUAUUGAAAUUAUUGUUACUUUUUAAAAACCAUUCAUUAAAACGAGAACGUAUUAAAAUUUGAACGAAAAAUAAAUAAAACACUGCCCGUUAUAUGAGUAUUUUCGCAUAAUUUUUAGUAUAACUAAACUUCAAUAAGGAAACACUAAAAUUAGAGUAGAAUUUACAAACUCAGGUUCUUUGGUUUUUAAUUCAAGACAUAAAAAAUAAAUCUGGUCUUUCAUCUUUAUCGCAACAUGCCAUGUCAUAUCGCACUUUCUCAUAUCGAACCAGUGAAACACACGCGCUGACGGGCGGACUCGAAGCGAAGUUAUUCAAUCCAAUUUAUUGCGAAUGAGGUCUGAUUGGCUUCUCAGAUCUGAUUGGUGGACUCGAGACAUUCUAUUAAAAAGGAUUUUUAAUUGGAGUCGUUUUUACCUUGGGAGAGGGUAACGCUGGAGUGACUUGUCGGUUAUUCAGGAAACUAAUGAACAUAGGCCACGUUGGUUAGCAGUCUCCUUUCCAACGCACGUGGGUCUCGCAGGUAAAAGCCAGAAUGAAUUACUCGUGUUUUUCUUUUUCUUUUUAUUUUAUUUUAAAGUUUGUUCCUAUCGAGUUUGGUUACGUCUAGUCACGCACGUUGCGUGCUGUCGUUUUGGUGAAGAAACGGGCUAGGCUUAACUACAAAUUAUGACGUCUUAUUUAGUAGUAGUACUAGUAUUAUCUCCAGUGCAUUGCACGGGAAAGAAGUUUGAUGUUAUAUCUUGCAACAAUCCCUUAUAAACCCAAACUGUAAAUUAUUGAUCGUAUUUUCAAAACAAAAUAAAUCAUUACACAUGCAAACAAAUUGAGAGAAGGCAUAUCUCUUGCACAGAGCAAAUUAAAAUACCAAUCUUUUUGUUUUUUUUUUCCUUCGUCUAUCUGCUGUUGUUUUCUUUGGUCAAUUCGUUUGUAUCAUUUUCAAUGAAAAUAAAAAUAUAAACA